ACAUGGUUAUCCUACUAGGGGUCUCUCUCUCCCCCUCUCCCUCCCUCUCUCUCCCUCUCGCUCUCUUUGCUGCCAACUGUGAGCUCUCCAGAGCAAGCAAAUGGGUGAGGGAAAUAGAGAGAAAAUCAAGAGACACACACAGCAAACAUAGAGGGGGAAAAGAAGGGACGAGAGGGCGGGAGAGUGAAAGACGCACAAUGUGAGGAGAAAUCCAUUCCAAUCGUGUUUAUGGUAUAAUAACCAAAGCAGGACGAGGAAAUCUGUAGUCUAGCCGUACGUAAGAGGGCAACAGAGCAACUUUUGACAAUUAAUACCAUUUUUGCAACGUUUUCUCUGUUUUAACAAUACCUUGAUUGAACUUUUAAGAAAUAGACCAACUCCAGUGACAACUUUUCAGUCUCACUGAUAAAGCAACAACAACAACUUGAGGCUUGAGUGGAGGACAAACUUUUUCUACCAGCUUUGACCUCUGGUAGCGUAGUAAACUUUGGAAUAUUCUGAGUGUAACAGUUUUUUUGGAACUUAUUGAACUAGAUAGUUUGGUUUGGAAAAACAGCCUCCCUCCACCAUGAGUGCAGACAACUCCACCCUGUUGGAGACAGUUCUCUACGGCCAUCCACCAUGCGAUGGCUGGACCAAGAACACAGAGGGGGCCUUCUACCACCUGGGCAACACAGUCUUGUUCCUGGGGUACAUGGGGGGCAGCAGCACCUACGGCUGCCUGUUCAUCUUUGGUUUCAUGACGCCUGCCUUCACCUGCCUGGCCCUGUGGGGCUGGAUGACCAUGUGUGGGGUGGAUGUGUUCACCUGGAACCUGCUGCUGCUGGUGGCCUGCGUGCUCCAGAUCUGCCACCUCAUAUACAGGCUGCAACAGGAUGGCCUGGCCAACGAGGAGCUGUCGGCCCUCUACUCAGCCGUCUACCUGCCUCUGGACGUGCCCAUACAGGUGUUCAAAGACAUUGUGGGUGCCUGUGAGAACAAGGUGCUGGCCCUAAGGGUAGAGGAGACGUACGCAGUGGAGGGCAAGACGCCCAUCAACCAGCUGUCCUUUCUGCUGUCUGGGAGGAUCCGUGUGUCUCUAGAAGGACAGUUCCUCCAUUACAUCUUCCCCCACCAGUUCCUGGACUCACCUGAGUGGGAGUCUCUCAGACCCAACGAAGAGGGGAACUUUCAGGUGACCCUGACGGCAGAGACGGACUGCCGCUACAUCUCGUGGCACCGGCGCCGCCUUUACAUGCUGCUGUCCAAGGAGCGCUACAUCACCCGCCUCUUCUCUGUCAUGCUGGGCAGCGACAUUGCCAACAAGCUCUACUCACUCAAUGAUAAGCUCUUCGCCAAGAGCGGCGUGCGCCUCGACAUCCGCCUGCCCAGUCUCUACCAUGUCCUGGCCCCCCCACCCCCGGGCAGCGAGGGUGAGGUCUGUAGCGGCAGUGGUAGUGCCAGGGACCAGGUAGCCCCAGUGGAGCAGCAGGAGGCAGCAGUGGUGGAUGUGGACCCGGUGCCAGCCUACCAGAAGUCAGAGCCUACAACACCCCCGACCCCACGGCUGCAGAUCCAAGAGAAGUCCCCCACCCCAUCAACGGCAACCCCCCACCAACCCCGGGGCCCACCCUCCCAGCGUCAGCCCUGGCCCUCAGACAUGGAGAUGCCCUCUGGAGGGGAAACCACUGGGACUCUACCAAUGCGAUACCAAAGAGGGAGAGCUCCUCUGGCCCCCACGGACACCCCUAAACUGUGAUAGUUUUACCCAAAGUGCAAACAGUUCCAGGUUGUCUUUAUUACAGUCAUGCUGUGCAGAUUAUAACACUAUCACAAAAUGUUUAUACAUAGCUAUAGCAUUUUCCUGAGAUGACCAGUGGAACUGCAGGAAAGACAACCUGGGAUAUAACUAUCACCACUGUCCUGGGUGGAAUCAGGCCCACCCAACACCACAUCCUAGUCUCUCACCUAACAUUAUCUCACUCCUGUGAUGUCAUCUGUGCGUGACAAUAAAGGAGAGAGAGAGACUCUGGACACUGAACAGAAUUAUGUUAUAAAACUGAAUUUAUUAGUUAAUGUCACAGAAAUGACGGUAUACUCUUUUUAUUAUGUCACUCACAUCUCCCAUUCAUCUGGAUGGAAAGCCUUUUGACUUAGAGAUUGUGUUAGAUAGGAUUAUGAUAUUGUGAUUCCACAUUAAACUAAUCAUGUGUAUUAGAUUUUUUAACAUCCGGGGUUGGGUUGGCUAGCUAGGGGCACGUUUAAUCUUGUUUGUUUGUGCAGACAUAAUCUGAGAGAAUAAUGUUUGACUGAGAGCAUGCUAAAAUGGUUUUCUCUUCAUACAUACAUAUUUUCAAAUCAUGAUUCCAAAUUGAACAGGCAGACACACACUUCUGCAUUGUGUGUAUGUGCUUGAGAACGUGAGAUGUCUCACACAUUGUAAAUUUAGUCUGAAAAACAUAGAACAGGAGUAUUUUGUUUGUGUUGUUUUCCCCCAAAAAUGUGGGCCUACAUAUAUACAUAAUGUGAUAAAAAUUUAUUUUCAUGGGGCCAAUCUUUCUCCAUAAAGCUCUUGGUGAAAAUGCA